UCAGUAAGUUAGUUUUCAGUCAAUACAGACAAGAGCGCAUCAGGCUUUGCUUAAUCAAUCGACGUAGAGUACGAUACGAAUUACGUAAUUGGAGACGAUGUUGAAGAAUAUAUAAACAUAACAACUUAAUAGUAUUAUACUGAUGAAACAGUGUGACUUAAAAUGUAAAGACAUUUUUAAUUGGAAACAUGUUCUAGUGUCGGUUUAGUUUGGAAUGUUUAUUCAGUUGUGCUUUAGCUCGUGUUAUACGUCCACAUUGUCAAGUGUAACUUCAACAGUUUUAAAGAAAUAAUCUUGAGUUACUACACGAUUUUUACCUGAAUUCAAUAAAAUUCUUAAUCAAUAAAUGAACUCGUACCAAUAUUUUAGGUGUUUUGAACGCAACCGUCGUUAAUUUAAUACGAAGUAAUGGUGGCGUAAAAUGUGGACCUACCGUACUCAUACGUACAUGUGUUAACUGAAUCUCUCUUAACAAGUGACUGAUUAGUUUGAGUGUUACAAAAAUGUUGCAAUUCUGUAUCGUCGUGAUCUUAACAUUAUCUUUAGCAUUAUACAGCGAUUCCAUAUGUGUGCCGCCUCAGUCGCAGACAUUUGUGCGAUGGUCGGGAAUGGCCCCGGAGCAGGCUACUCCAGUGUUCGUCUACUCCGCCAGUGGGGAAGAGGAAUCCUUAACUGGGGCCUGUCUAUCGCAGUGUCGUGACCUCCCGGACUGCGCGGCGGUCGUCGUUGCGUACACCAAAGGGACCUGCCAAGGAGUUGCCAGUUUGCAUGCGACGCAAUUUCGUGCGGACAAUGACGUCGUUUAUUUUAAUAAAGUUUGUUUGAAACUGCCAGAAAACUGCAGCAAGCGAUGGUGGUCCCUAGAAAGCACCCUGGGAUACUAUUUGAACUCUGAAGACACGCACACAAAAGUUUUGCUGAAUACAACCGUUCAACAAUGCUACGAUGCUGUGUUCUCUACCAAUGAGAAACUUUACCGAUCAGCACAGUGGUUAGAUCCAAAGAGUCCCUUAGACACAUUUGCUCUCUCAGACACUGCCGUUGGAAACUGUAUUUUGAAUAUUGAAAACAAAUUCACGGAGCCUGAAUCCUACCGCGUCUCGAACUACUAUACGUUCUACAUCGAGAACCAAUGUGGCCAUGACUAUCCAAAAAAGAUUGACAGAUGUUCAUACGAAGAAUACUACAAUCAAACUAUUAAACACGUUGAUUUAACUAUCCGAAACUACACGAAAACUGAGUGUAAACUAGCAUGUGAAGCUGAAAAACGGUUCGUUUGUAGAGGGUUUACUUGGACAGCGACAUCUAGUCGCGGACUUUGUGACUUGCACAGCGAAGAUCUAGUCAGCACUGGCUCUUGGCUCUUACGAAGAGUGACCGGUGCCACGUACUACCGCCGGGUUAUAUGCCUUAACAUAAGCGUUGAAUGUGAGGGUUCACAUCUGGUUGUAACUUAUAAACCACGCACCGUGUUCCGCGGGCGUAUGUACGUGCCCGGGCGUGGUGAGCACUGUGGAGCACGUGCUCUCACCCCAACCUCGCCAGUCAGACUUGCUCUACCUAUGUACGGUGACUGUGACGUCAACUUUGCUUACGCAAUCACGAAGGGACCAAAUGGAAAUGUGAACAGAACAAUGGCGUACGUGAUGCUAAUGAUCCAGAACAACCCCAUCAUACAAACCGCUGGGGAUCGUUGGGUACGAGUAGGGUGCUCGCCGGGCGCUGGCGCCAGGGGAUACGCAAAAGUAGACGCGACAGUCGCAGUGCAGGACUCCGGGCGACCGUCUUUGGCGAGUGAGGCGUCGGUCGCGGAAGGUGCUAAUCAAGGCGCGAGUGCAGUAUUUGACAGAAAUACAGCGCCUCUUAGGAUGUACGUGGUUCGGGCGCACGGAGACACGCUCGGCGGCGCAGGCGCAACGGCUGUAUCUCUCGGCGAAUUGCUCGAACUAUGGAUUGAUACCAUAGAGGAAUCUGAAAUAGAAGCCUACCACUUAGUGGCAUCUUCGAGAUUGGGCGACAGUUCAGUUCUACUUUUGGACAGCAGAGGAUGUCCUACUGGACAGGUAGACUUUCCAUCGUUUACAAGAACUCGCCUAGGAGGAACGCAACGUCUGUCAGCGAAGUUCAAAGCGUUCCGUUUUCCUACUUCCCAUGUUGUACGAUUCGCUAUAAUGGUCCGCUUUUGCGAGGAGAAAUGUCAACCGAUUGUUUGCGGAAGUAUGGAGCAAUUGAGAAAUGCGAGAAAUAUAAACGUAACAUAUGAAGUACCAAACGCUAAAAUUGCGGAAUCUCACAACUUUCACGUGGCGUGGGCUUCUCAAGUGGUAGCGCAGGGAGGAAGGGCGGAUUGCGCAGGAGGCGAAGGUCGAGUGCCUCUCGAGCUUGAGAUGGUAGUUGGUUCACGCGACAUCCUCUCCGCAGACACGCUUGUACGGGCAGAUCACCGCUCUUCGCUGCCAGAGGAAACGCCUUCACACGCGAACGAAAGCGCUAUGGUGUGCAUUCACGAACUACUCCUGGUAGCACUGGUGCUUAUUUGGCUUGCAGUACAAAUUCUGUUACUGCUCGGUUGCUGCAUUCUCGUCAAGAGAUACAGAAACUUAGCCGAGAUGAACAUGCACAAAGACUACCAGUCAUUCGACAACGUGGGCUUCGACACAGUCUCGACUCACAGACGUGUUCACUGGCCGGAUCAAAAUAUUGACAUAAUUCACGCUACCUAACAAUGAUUUACCUUCCCUAGUUUUAAUACAUAACAUUGAAAUAUUGAUUAUGACGUAAAUUUCGGUUUCAGUUUUGUACCGUUGCUGUGUGAAAUUUAACAUUGCAUAAAGUUCAAUUUAUUUUUAAAUAAUUAUUGUUUCGGGAUUAAAAAUCUCUUGAAAAAGAUUUGCUCGAAUAACUCUGUGUCGUCAUAAGUAAUGGCACCAAAUGUUACUCGUUGAUUCGUCCUUACAAAUAGGUGAGAUUGCAGUCGAGGACUAACUUGUAUUGUAAAAAAAAUUAAAAAAUACAUAUUUUGAUAGACCGAUUUCUUUGAAAAUAUAGGUCCUUAUAAUAAAUAUAAAUCUAUAGUUUCGAGCAAUUAAUGGAAACCGAGGCAAAGCAAUAGAAUUAAUGACACAUUUUUGGUUUAGUUUAUAUUAAAUGUCCAUGCAUCCAAUAAUAAAGGCGAUUCCCACUAAUUUUAUUUAUUUAGACCCUAUGAAGCAUAAAUUUACUACGUAGCUUAGGUAGGAUAUUUAUUUAAAAAUACAUAAUUUUUUUGUA